UUGAUAGUCGCUCUGGAUCCUCUCGUGCCACAACUAGUAGUAGGCAGACAUACCUCGAAGCAAGGGCAGGAGAGGGGCUGCCCCCUCGUAUAUCAUCACAUCACUUGUUGACUUUGUUGACUUCUGGACGCUCGUUUUCGACUUGUUUAUGAUACCUCGAUAUUGAUAUAGUUGAGAUUCUUUCUUCUUCUUGGCAUCAACGGAUCUUUCCCUAUGAUCGCCCGCUGCUGCUUGUUCACCCACCCUGUUGCCUCGCUAUGUCUCGCGUACUGCAGAGCCCCCCCCCUCACGAUCCGUUAAGGAACCACAACUACCCCCAUCCACUCAACACCUCGCCGCGCCGACCGCUGCGCCGCUCCGAGUCCUCCGUGUUUGACUCUUCCCACGAGGUCCCCGGAACCACGGCGCUGCCCCAGCGCCCAGCAUCUCCGUUGCACGGCGGCGCACGAGGCACUGUCUCGGGCCACCGACGCACGGAAAGCACCUUGAAAACGGUCAUGCGCAAGAUCUUCAGCCGUAACAAAAGACGCAGUGACGCCGACGACGACGGAGACGACCUCAUCUCCCAUCCGUCUAUCGAACGUUCACCCGGGCCGCCAACUGGUCUGUCCAACGGACUGUCAAACGGACUCUCCACAGGACCCCCCGGGGGAGGCACGUUCUAUCAAUCCCCUCGCACGCGGAGCACUACCACUACCGACAGUGGGAGUCCGCUGUACAAGCCGGAUUCCCGUCACAUCGCCCCCCGUGGUGACCUCCGCGGUACCCCUCACCAAUCCCCCAAACUCUUAGAAAGUAUUCCCGACCAGCUGGAAGAGCUGCCGCCCCCGCAUCGGAGGCGUCGUGCGACGCUUCCAAGUAUGGUGUUUCCAGAUGAUGACGCGCGGAGCAUACUGGCGGACAUCGUCAACCACGACCGUCUCACUAGCGAUCAUGAAUCCCAAAGUAGGGCCAGCAGCAUCCAAAAUGCCUCCGGGACCCGCAGCACGUUGCAGUCAAAACGACGCUCUCGUAGUGCGACUGCUCUGCGUGCGGCUGCCAGGGGCCACCACCGCAUGUCGCCCAUCCAGUGGCGACGGUCCAGCGCUGACGCCAGCUACAAGGCACCUCCGACACCGUUUGAGACAGCCUCGGUCACCAGCUACUCGAUUCGCCCGCCCACCCGCACGACCGUGGGCACCGAGUCCAACUGGACCGAAGCCGAGGUCCCCAGCUCCGAGACGGCCCCCGUUGAGACGGAGACAGAGAGUGUGGCCUACGACGUCGGCCAACUGAUGACCACGAUCCAGCACGGAGAUAACGUGACUCUCGAGCAACGAUUGACUACGCUCGAGGUCAAGCUGAUCGACCUUGAAUUCGCCAUUGCCCGCAUGCAAACCCACCAGUGCCCCGAGCCAUCGUCCCCAUCUGGCGACAAAUCAAAGGUCAAGAAAGACUUGCAGGGCCACACGCGCAACAAGGAGUCGGACUCGAUCCCGUCGACAAAGAGCGAGCCGGUCGAGCAUCUGCACCCGCCUCCGCCGCCCCCGCCACCGCGGGAGGACCGACCGGUGAGCACGAGCACAGUCCGGCCGACGACGGGAUACCGCUCGCAGAUGCUCCGGAUGGCGCCUUCGAUGAGCUCGAUGCGCGACUUUGACGGCAUCUCCGUGGAACAGUACAGCGCGCUCGUCACGCUGCUCCGGCGGGAGCAGAGCGCGCGGCGCAACCUGGAGACACAGGUGGCGACAAUGCAGGAAGACAUGCGCCGGCUGCACAAGCUGCUGGGCACGGGGCCGAUGCACCCUGUGCGCAACUCCGACUCACGCGACUUUAUCAACUUCCGCCGGGCCUUGGAUGCCUCGCGAGGGAUCUCCCCUGCACACACCGAUGAGAAUAUCGGUGUGAUCUACGAUAGUGAUUCCGAGAUUGAAUAGCCUAUCGCUUAUUUACAGCUGGCGCUAUACUGCCAGCCCAUCCUACAUCUACCACUGCAGCUGAGCUGUCGGCUUUUUUUUUUUUUCCACCUCAUGAGUCAUUCCCAGUCACAGGGAGAAUGACACGUUACUUGCCUCUUGCCACUGCCUCUCAAGCUUCAAGCUUCAGCCUCGAGCUUCGAGCUUGGAUAUUUUAUUUCGAUGCCCAUUUGUCAUCCUACUGCAGCUUACCGCUCCUUAUACCCUCCGCACCGGCUGCGCCUGUAUUCCUCUCAUCUGUCUAAUGACCUGAUGUUCCAUUACUCUGGCAAUAGUCUUAAGCUAAAAUACAAUAUUGAAGCAUUAUAAUACAGUCGGGACAACCACUAAUCAAUCUCCACGCGCUUCCCAUAGACCAGAGCCGUCCGUCCAAAGAGGGA